AUGACGGUCCCGGUUAUGGGAGGGUACGGGAGGCGGGACCAGAUCAGUGUCCGUUCCUCGGAGCUUGCGAGUCUGGGACUAGGGCUGGAGAGAUCGCCGGUGAGCAUCGUCACCACUCCAGCACGGAGCCUCGCUUGGCCGAACGCUGCGCCGCGCACUCGUCGGGAUUGCACAACAUUCCUGAGAAAUAUACCUGCUAUUUAUGGCAUGUGGCUGGUAACUUUAUUCCUGCUGUACUCUUUACAAGAAGUGAACAGUGAGGAUGUGGUCUCGACGCGGCUGUACUUUGUAAACGCCUCCCUGCAGCGGGUGACCUUCUCCAGCUCGGUCGGGGUGUCCCUGCCCUGCCCCGCGGGCGGCGCACCCCAUGCCGUCCUGCGCUGGUACCUGGCCACCGGCGACGACAUCUACGACGUGCCCCACAUUCGCCACGUGCACGCCAACGGCACCCUCCAGCUCUACCCUUUCUCGCCAUCCGCCUUCAACAGCUACAUCCAUGACAACGAAUACUUCUGCACCGCAGAGAACCAGGCCGGCAAGAUCCGCAGCCCCAGCAUCCACGUCAAAGCAGUGUUCAGGGAGCCCUAUACGGUGCGGGUGGCAGACCAGCGGUCCAUGCGGGGCAACGUGGCCGUGUUCAAGUGCCUCAUUCCCACCGCAGUGCAGGAGUACGUCAGCGUGGUGUCCUGGGAGAAAGACACCGUCUCCAUGGUGCCAGGGAACCGUUUCUUCCUGACGUCGUUCGGGGCCCUGUACAUAUCAGAGGUCCAGAAGGAAGAUGCCCUGUCCACCUACCGCUGCAUCACCAAGCACAAAUACAGUGGAGAGACUCGCCAGAGCAAUGGAGCCAGGCUGUCUGUUAUGGACCCUACGGAGUCCACCCCCUCAGUGUUGGACAGUUUCCAGUCCGGCGAGGUCCAAGUGGGACGUAAUGUGGAGCUGCCCUGCAUCGCCUCGGGCUACCCCAACCCCACCAUCCGCUGGCUGAAGGACGGGCGCCCGCUGCCCGCCGACUCCCGCUGGACGCGCCGCCUCACGGGCCUGACGGUCAGCGACCUGCGUCUGGACGACAGCGGCAACUACAUCUGCGAGGUCACCAACAGCUUCGGCUCCAAAGAGGUGACCGGUCACCUCAACGUCAUCGAGCCGUUGAGAGUGACUCUCUCUCCCAAGAACCUGAAGACGGGCAUCAGCAGCACGGUGAUCCUGUCGUGUGCUGUGCAGGGUUCUCCCCACUUCACCCUGUCCUGGUACCGCAACACAGAACCCGUCCUCCCCGACCAGCACUUCUCCAUCCAGGGGGCCCACAACGAGACCCUGUUCAUCUCCGCUGCCCAGAAGAGACAUUCGGGAGCCUACCAGUGCUUCGCCACCCGCAAGGGCCAGACCGCACAGGACUUCUCCAUCAUACUGCUGGAGGAUGGUACGCCCCGUAUCGUGUCUUCCUUCAGUGAGCGUGUGGUGGUCCCGGGGGAACCCUUCUCCCUCAUGUGCGCUGCCAAAGGUGCCCCUCCCCCCACCAUCACCUGGACUCUGGAUGACGAGGCUGUGGCCAGGGACCCGUCCCGGGUGAGGGCCAGCCAGUACACGCUGUCGGACGGCUCCACCGUGUCCCACGUCAACGUCAGCAGCCCGGAGAUCCGCGACGGAGGGGUGUAUCGCUGCGCCGCACGCAACUCGGCCGGUAGCGCCGAGUACCAAGCGCGCAUAAACGUAAGAGGUUCUCCCAGGAUCAGGGAUAUGCGUAACAUCACGGCGGUGGCUGGGAGGAACACCUUUAUAAACUGCCGGGUGAUUGGCUAUCCCUACUACUCAAUCAAGUGGUACAAGGAGGGACUUCUGCUGCCCGACAACCAUCGUCAGGUGGUGUAUGAGAAUGGUACUCUGAAGCUAAGUGACGUUCAGAAAGUCUUGGACGAGGGGGCGUACCUCUGCAGCGUGCUCAUCCAACCACAGAUCUUCAUCAGCCAGACCGUCUACGUCCAGGUCAAAGUGCCCCCUCUGAUCCAACCCUUUGACUUCCCCCCCACCUCCAUUGGGAAGCUCAUGUACAUCGCCUGCGUGGUGUCGUCUGGCGACAUGCCCAUCCACAUCACCUGGCGUAAGGACGGCCAGGAGGUCGCGCCCUCGUCCGGCGUCAACAUCGAGACCAAGGAGUACAUGAGCUCGCUGCAGAUCGGCAAGGUGUCGCUCAAGCACAAUGGCAACUACACCUGCAUCGCUAGCAACGACGCCGCCACCGUCAGCUCUGAGAGGCAGCUCACUGUCACAGUUCCUCCUCAGUUUGUGGUCCAGCCCAAUAACCAGGACGGGAUCUACGGCAAGGCGGGGGUCCUCAACUGCUCCGUGGACGGAUACCCGCCUCCCAAAGUUAUGUGGAAGCACGCCAAAGGUAUAGGGAACCCCCAGCAGUACCACCCAGUGCCUCUGACCGGUCGGAUCCAGAUCAUGGGGAACGGCUCCCUGCUGAUUCGUCACGUCCUGGAGGAGGACCGGGGCUACUACCUCUGUCAGGCCUCCAACGGCGUGGGCUCCGACAUCAGCAAGAGCAUGGUCCUGACGGUCAAGAUCCCGGCAAUGAUCACGUCGCACCCCAACACCACCAUGGCCAUUAAGGGGCAGAUUAAGGAGCUGAACUGCACGGCGAGGGGGGAAUGGCCUAUCAUCAUCCGUUGGGAGCGCGGUGACACAGUCAUCGACCCCGACCGUAACCCUCGCUAUGCCAUCACCACCAGCCCCAACGAGAAGAGUGAUGAAGUAUUGUCUACGCUGAAACUGAAGCCAGCAGAGCGUGGUGACUCGGUCUUCUUCUCCUGCCAUGCCAUCAACUCAUAUGGAGAGGGCCGGGGCCUCAUCCAGCUCACUGUGCAAGAGCCCCCAGAUCCUCCAGAGUUGGAGGUGAGGGAGGUGAAGGAUCGGAGUAUGAACCUGCGCUGGACCCAGAGAUUUGACGGCAACAGCAUCAUCACCAGCUACGACAUUGAGUACAAGAACAAGACAGAUCCUUGGGAGUUGAAGCAUGCCACCCGUAAGAUCUCUCCCACCAAUAACCAGGCCAACAUCGUGGAUCUACACCCUGCCCAAAUCUACAGCAUCCGCAUGUUCUCCUACAACAAGAUCGGACACAGUCAAGCCAGCAAGGAGCUCACCAUCAGCACAGAGGAAGCACAGCCGGAUGGUCCUCCUGUAGAGGUUUUCCUCCUGCCUAUGACCUCGCAGAGCAUCCGCGUCACCUGGAAGGCCCCCAGGAAGGAGCUUCAGAACGGGGUGAUCCGGGGCUACCAGAUCGGUUACCGUGAGAACGGGCCGGGCAGUAACGGCCAGUACAGCAUCGUGGAGAUGAAGGCCACGGGGGACAGCGAGGUGUACACCCUGGACAACCUGAAGAAGUUUGCCCAGUAUGGAGUGGUGGUCCAGGCCUUCAACAGGGCCGGCACCGGCCCUUCCAGCUCUGAGAUCAACGCUACCACACUGGAAGAUGUGCCCAGCCAGCCGCCCCAGAACGUGCGGGCCAUCUCGGUGACAUCAGACGAGGCGGUAAUCACGUGGUCGGAGCCCCCGCGUCUGACGCUGCACGGCGUGCUGAAGGGCUACCGGGUGGUCUUCUGGUCCCUCUUCCCCGACGGAGAGUGGGGAGAGAUGCAGAACAUCACGACAACCCGGGAGCAGGUGGAUCUGAGAGGGCUGGAGAAGUUCACUAACUACAGUGUGCAAGUGCUGGCCUACACCCAGGCUGGGGACGGGGUCAGGAGCAAUGUGCUGUACAUCCAGACCCGCGAGGACCACCCUGGUCCCCCGGCUGGCAUCAAAGCUGUGCCCUCUUCCACCAGCAGUGUGGUGGUUUCCUGGCUACCCCCGCACAAGCCCAAUGGAAUCAUCCGCAAGUACACCAUCUACUGCUCCAGCCCCGGAUCAGGCCAACCGGCCCCCAGUGAGUACGAGGCCAACCCUGAGCUGCUGUUCUACCGGGUCACCCACCUGAACCGCGGACAGCAGUACCUCAUCUGGGCCGCCGCCGUCACCACCGCCGGACGGGGGAACAUCAGCGACAAGGUCACUGUGGAGCCUGCUGGGAAGGCACCAGCUAAGAUCCUAUCGUUCGGAGGUACGGUGACCACUCCCUGGAUGAAGGAGGUGAGGCUACCCUGCAGCUCAGUGGGAGAACCCACCCCCACCAUCAAAUGGACCAAAGACAGUGAGGACACAGCCAUCCCGGUAACUCUGGACGGUCAGAGGCUCAUCAUGGCCAAUGGCACGCUGGUCCUGCGCUCGGUAAAAGCUGAGGAUUCUGGGUACUACACGUGCACGGCCACCAACACGCUGGGCUUUGACACCAUCAUUGUCAACCUGCUGGUGCAAGUUCCUCCGGACCAGCCCCGUCUGACUGUCUCCACCACCUCCUCCACCUCUAUCACCCUGGCCUGGAUCCCCGGGGACAACGGAGGAUCCUCCAUCAGAGGUUUCGUGCUGCAGUACUCGGUGGACAACAUAGAGGGGUGGAGGGAUGUUUUCAUCAGUUCCAGUGAGAGGUCCUUCAAGCUGGACAACCUGCGCUGUGGCACCUGGUACAAGGUCAAACUGGCCGCCAAGAACAGCGUGGGAGCGGGACGCAUCAGUGAAAUCAUCGAGGCUAAGACCCACGGACGAGAGCCCCAGUUCAAUAAAGACCAUCCAGUGUUCACCCACGUCAACUCUACCCACGCCCGGCUCAACCUGCAGGGAUGGGCGAGCGGUGGCUGCCCCAUCACUGCUGUGCUGCUGGAGUUCAGACCUAAGGGGAACUGGGCGUGGCAGAACGUUCGCACCAACGCCACCGCCGACGUGUUCCUGGCUGAGCUCCGCGAGGCCACCUGGUACGAACUGAAGAUGAAGGCGUGUAACAGCGCCGGCUGCGGGAACCAGAGCUCUCAGUUCGCCACGCUGGACUACGACGGCAGUACCAUCCCUCCCAUCAAGUCAGCGCGGCCCGAAGGCGACGACGUUAAGAAGCUCUUCUCCAUUGGCUGCCCCGUCAUCCUGGUCACUCUGGUCGUCGCCCUGCUCUUCAUCAUCCGCAAGAAACGCAAAGAGAAGAGACUGAAGAGACUGAGAGAUGCCAAAAGCCUGGCUGAGAUGCUGAUCAGCAGUAAGAAUAACCGGAGCUUUGACACCCCUGUGAAGGGGCCCCCCCAGGGCCCCCGACUUCACAUCGACAUCCCCAGAGUCCAGCUGCUCAUCGAGGACAAGGAAGGCAUCAAACAGAUCGGUGAAGACAAAGCCACCAUCCCAGUGACGGACACAGAGUUCAGCCAGAACGUGAAUCCCCAGAGCUUCUGUACGGGCGUGUCUGUGCAUCACCCCGCCCUCAUCCAGAACAGCGGCCCUCUGAUUGACAUGUCCGACAUCAGACCAGGGACAAACCCGGUGUCGAGGAAGAGCGUGAAGUCGACCCACAGUACGAGGAACCGCUACUCCAGCCAGUGGACCCUGACCAAGUGCCAGUCGUCUACGCCCGCCCGUACCCUCACCUCCGACUGGCGCACCGUGGGCUCCCAGCAUGGCAUCACCGUCACCGAGAGCGACAGCUACAGCGCCAGCCUCUCACAGGACACGGAUAAAGGGCGUAACAGCAUGGUGUCCACAGAGAGUGCGUCCUCCACCUAUGAGGAGCUGGCGCGGGCCUACGAACACGCCAAGCUUGAGGAGCACCUGCAGCAUGCCAAGUUUGAGAUCACAGAGUGCUUCAUCUCCGACAGUUCCUCAGACCAGAUGACCACGGGCACCAACGACAACGCCGACAGCAUGACCUCCAUGAGCACCCCGUCUGAAACGGGCCUGUGUCGCUUCACCGCCUCGCCACCCAAACCCCAGGAAUACGACCGCGGCAGACCUACCAACGUUGCCGUGCCCAUCCCCCACCGCGCCAACAAGAGCGAGUGGACUGGCAAAAGUGACUACUGUAACCUUCCCCUCUACAUGAAGACAGACCCUUUCUUCCGGAAGCAGUCGGAGCUGCGUGACCCGUGCCCGGUGGUGCCGCCCCGCGAGGCCUCCAUCCGCAGCCUGGCCCAGCGGGCGUACCACACCCAGGGCCGUCACAUGACUCUGGACUCCUCCAAGCAGCAGCAGGCUCUGACUGUGGGCCACGCUGGCCUGGCCGGCCUCAGCGCCUCAGGGGGAGCAUCAGGGGGUGGUGGGGGUGUAGGAGGGGCGACUGGAGGGCCGUCUGGUGGUUCCAGCACCUCCUCCCUGCCCCAGAGGACUCUCACCAUGCCCGGCUCCUCCUCUUCCUCUGCGCAGAGCGCUGCACCCGCUACCGACGCGGCCGCGGGAGGUGACUCUAGAGACCCUCUGCUGGAGAGCAGCUCGUCAGGCCCGGGCAGACUAGAGAGACAGAAGCAGGCGGCUGGCGGGGCCUACUCCAAAUCGUAUACACUGGUGUAGCAGGAGCCACUGGCGUGGAUGUUGGAGCCUUGGGAAGGGUUUAGGGGCCACACAGACACACGUACACACACCUGACUCCUGCACUGUCAGGCCAGAGGGGGGCCGCUCGGCAGGGGCCAGAUUGGACUUUUUAUAGCACAGGGGUUUGUCUUCUUUCUGCCUUUUUUUCUCUCUUCCUCUUCCUCUUCCUCUAUCUGUUGUUUUGUUUUACCUUCCUUGGAAAUAACUUGCUGAACUCAAUAUCAUUUUUGUAUUUGUUUUUGCAAACUUUUUCCCUCUCUCUCACUCUCCCACUAUCCCUCUCUCUCUCUUCUCUCUCUCCAAUUAUCUGUUGAGACACCUCAGAACUUAUGCACAAAAUUCUUUCCACGUGCACUUGUUUGUUUUUUGUGUGUUUUUUUUAAAAUUCAGAACGUUAAACGAUAAACCGAGAUGUAGUUUCACAUAAACCUGUCGAGAUGUUUUAGGCCGUUUCACCUGUUUCUUUUCGCGUCUCUGAACGGAGAGUUCAGAGUUCAUACAAAAGCAGCGCAUUGCCACGGAAAGUGUUUAUGCAUAAACCAACAACCUCGGUUGUCUGUCUCUGGCCCUCCAAAAGCCAUCCUGGUACGGACUCACACAAACAGGUGACAGACUGCCGUUUCCACGACGAUGUUGGAGGAGCCUUGGGGAAUUUUUCUCAUGCAAUUCAUGACACAGUAUAGAGUGUUACUGACUAUUUUAUAGGACAACAGGAAACAGAGCGCGGGGGGGGGGGGAAUCGUCUUCAUACGAAAGAUGAUUCUUUUUAUUUUUAUGUUUGCUUUUCUCUUUUGGGAACAUAUAAGCUCAUGUGCAUUAAAAGAGGUUAGAAUGGUUUUCACAGAACCGUCACGAGCCUGCGUGUGUGCGUGUAUAUGUGUAAAUAUAUAUGUAUACAUGUGGCUGGCACACACCUGCUGUGGACCUUUUUAAUCAAUCUGUAUGCUGACUCCUUGGCGGAGGCCUGCGUUAAAAAUACUCCUGUCCAUUUGUUACUUGUGACAGUGGUUUGGGGACGAUGAUGUCACACUGUAUGACGUCACAUGUCGGUCUCUCCCUUCUGGACUUUGGUUGGCCCGGUGUGAUUGACACUGGCAGCGUCGCCUUGGAGAUGACGAGGAAGAUGGACAGAGCGAGGGAGUUGAUUUGCCAUUCAUUAGAGGCGCAGGGGUGAAAUGACCACCCCUCCUCUUGGCCCCUCUCUGUCAUUCUCUCCAGUCCCCUGAAGCAGGAAGAAAACAUUUUGUUCUAUCGAUCAUGUGCGGGUGCCACACACCCCUUUCCUCCAUACAGCCUCCCCCCCCCGCUCUGUCUACCCAAACACUUCCAACCCACCACACCACACCCCCCAUCCUCCAUACCCCCCCUCUCUCUGUCUACCCAAACACUUCCAUCCCCCCACACCCCCAUCCUCCAUAACCCCCCCUCUCUGUCGCCCCAAACACUUCCAACCCACCACACCACACCCCCAUCCUACAUACCCCCCCCCUCUCUGUCGCCCCAAACACUUCCAACCCACCACACCACACCCCCAUCCUACAUACCCCCCGUCCCCAUCCCCGUCCACACAGUCUCACUGUGACCUUCUAGCACACUCUGCUAGACAGGCAGACGUUUAAUGACAGUAGUUGGGACUGACUGACAAAUGGACUGCAGGCCAACAGACGGACAGACAAGCCUGGCAAAAGGUGAACUCGACAGAAAGAUGGAUAAAUAGAUUACAGAUUGAAACAGAGGAGAAUAUAGAAACGCGAUAAUGCAGCGAGGACCGUUGGUUUGCAGGGAGAGGUGGAGAGAUAAGGAAGACAAAAUAGCUGUGUACGUGUUCAGGGAAGGAUGAAAGAGAUGGCGGGUGGACAUGAGUUGGUCUUAUGAAAUGAAGUGGCCUGAAGAAUAAAUCUGUCAUCUAAGGCCCCCAAAUGUAUUGAUUGUCGGUUUUAGUUGGCGUUCUUUUUUUUCUUUAUUUUCUUUAUUCUAAACCCAAAGCUUAGCCCCAUGACAAGGAUACACCCCCCCCCCACCACCACCACAAAACAAAUCAAAUAUACAAAUUAUUGCUCCCAAUGUUUGCAAUGGAAAAUUUCACUUCAGGGCUCUCGCAAUAUAAAAAAUUAAAAAAUAUAUCAUAUUUGUUGUAAAAGAUAUGUACAUAUAUAUUUAUAUCUAAAUAUAUCCAAAAAUAUAUAACUAUUAAAUAAAACAGAGAGAGAUAUAAAGUCAUCGUAAUUGAAAAUAUAUGAAAACAUAACUCACGAGACAAUCGCUCAGUGGACGACGCCGCGGGUUAAGAGGAAGAGUGGAGGGAGAGGAGGGCGCGAAACGGCUAGCACAACCAAGAAAGAUAAAGAGAGACGAAAUUGAGCGUUAUAGCUACGGUAUCUGAGGCCGAGUUUGAGGACGUGAACAUUGAGGCCAUGGCCUCGCGGUCGUUGGCCCCUCUGCCAGGUACUUCGGUAGCUACAGUGCAGGAACAGAACUACACUAAACAUGCCAGUCAGCAUGCAAACCGAAGUAUCUACUGUAAGGAGUUAAGUCCCAGUGAUGGGUAGUACCUUAGCCAGUGAGGCUGGCUGCAAACUAAUGCAGUCUAUUUGCAUUUUGUAAAGCUUGUGUCAGAAUGGCUUGUGUGUCAGUGAACCCCAUGGCAGCCCGUGUGGUUCAUGUGUUUUAAUAACGUCAGACCUGUAGUCGAUUUGGUUUGUAUUUGCCUCUGUGGUCCACCCUGGUGGAGAGUAGACGACACUGCGGGUAGCUUUGGGGUCAGAAUGGCUCUUGUGGUCAGUGAGGUUAAAGUGUAUUCCUUGUGGUCAGCAAGACCCUCUUUUAAGUGUACCUGUAGAACGGGGGAGGGACAUCACCUACAGAUAAAAGAAAGAUUUCAGGGAACCUUUAACCAUUUAUAAGCACUAGUUAGUGAGCGGUACGGCAGCUUCAGCACUGAGUCACAAGCUAAGGCAACAUCUGUGUUGAGUUCAGUUUAGAGCCUAACCCUGGCACAACUAACCCUGCCACAACUAACCCUGGCACGUGGGGAUUCAGGUAACAGUGGUGGGCCGUGCCACAGUGCCAGCCCAAAUUCUUAUUGUGACCGUCCCCAAAUCUACGGCCAACUUAGAAGUAUGGCCCUACUUCAGGUGUUUUAAGAGAGUGCAAAUGGUAGACACAAAUGUAACCUGUUUUAUUGUACCUUCCGAAGGUGUGUUCUGUUGACAGCCUCCAUGACGUCUCAUGACUGAACUUAAAUGAAGACAGCACAUAGUGACCUCUGUGUCUUACCGUUGUAAUUAUGUCCGUGCACAGCACUCCUAUUCCGGACAUACGUACAGCUGUUAUAACUGCUCGUAACUGACAACACUCACGCUCCUCCCCGCCUGGUGCAGACAGUGAACAGGACAGGAGAGAGUCCACUAGAACCUUUCCUUUCCGUUGAUAUUAUUAUGGUACCGUUUGUUUUGUUUUGGCUUCCUUGGUUAUGCAAUUCUUUUGAAACGGUUUGCUUUGAGACGACACGGGGGUGCCACGUGAAGGGGCAGGCCUGUUCAGCCAAUUGAAAUCAGGGACUCCCCUAGAUCCAACCAAUCCCAGGAAAAGCCGUGUGCAUAUUGGAUGGGGUCUGGGAUCAAACUCCCCACCCUACCCUGACCUUUGCCCCACCUAUUUGACCAAUCAGACUCUUAGUUAACACCUGGUAAUAACGUGCCCUGUGAUCAGAUUUGACCCACAAUGUCUACUCCAGACCAAUUUGAUUGGGUGUGACUGGAUGUGACCACAGAUCCAUUGCCAGGGCACAUGUUAAUAUCAGGUCUCAAGGGGGUCUCAGAUUCCCCUCUACCGGCACCUCCUGCCCCAACAGCAUUGCUACCCCACUAUUAAAGACUCUUGUACAUAGCAAAGUGUUUUGUAUGAAUAAGUACUGUUUUCAACAUCUCCAAAUGAAACCAGGGCAACAAUGUAAACUUUGAUUCAAGCUAUAACUUUAAACAGGAGAGGGUUAAAGAAAAUUAUAGAAUUAUAGUGACACUGCUUUAGAAUUAGAUUUUUGAAUGGGGGCAACAACAAAAGAAAUCCAGAAUUGCUUUCACAAUUGGUUCCUCUUUUUCAAGACGUUUUGUUGAGUUUAACAUAUUGAUUUUUCUUUCUUGUUCACUUUUUUUUCUGUUGAGGAAAAACGGCAUUGCAUGCUCUGAAUUAUUUGUUGAGGAUCAAAAUAAAGAUGGAGAAACAAAUUUAUGAAAAAGGGGUGAGGGGAAAAGCGUUUUAAAAAAUACUGAGAGAGUUCUUAAAGUUUUAUGGAAAAUUUGCUUCAAUUUGCAAUUGCUUGUUUAACUCUACCGUUUUUUUCUUUUUUAUGAAAACAAACAAAACCAGAAAAAGAGUACUCCAACACCUUGUGCAAUAAAGCUAUCUUUCUAUGAGUCA